UCUUCUCUCUCCCUCACGUCUUCCUCCCAUGGCGUGCAGCUCUCUCUGCUCCUGCUCCCUCGCGGUGUCUCCAGCUCCUUCCCAUGGCCGGCGCUCGCCCCAACGUCGAGCUCGGCCUUGCCAUCUCCCAGCGCGCCGCCACCCGGAGUCCUGCCCCGACGCGCGUGCUCCUCUGCUCACCGCGCCCCUGCGAGCUUCCUCCGUCGGCCAUUGACGCCGCAACAGCGUCGUUCUCUCCAUGGUGCUCGUCGUCGACUUCGCCCUCACGUCGUCAUGGCUUGACGGUCGCCUAAGCUCGUCCCUGCUCAUCUACUCGUCCUCGCCAUGGACAUGCGUCUCCGCAUGUUGAUGUGCCCAGAUCGUCAGUCUCGCCCUUGCCGUUACAAGCGUCGCCGGCGUCCACAGAUAGGUGAGCAGGUGGGUGUUCAAAAUAUAUGGUGUGAUCGACGCCGUUUUAGUAUCGUGUGAUGAUUUACAUCAUUCCUAUGUUCAUGCGUUUGAAUCGCAAUAUGCGAUUAGUGAGGAAAGCUAGAUGAUGUAGGCCGUGAAGGUUCGUGCAGCGUCCGCUUAGUGUUCGGCAAAACGCCCGAACCAUGAUUCAUCGUCGAUUUGCGAUUUUCAAAUCGUUUUGGUCAUGGUGAGUGGAUGGGUUAUUCGUGAUAAACGUUAAAUAAAUUAAUGGGUUAGUGCGAUGAUCCUUUUAUUUAGUAUAUGUGCGCUUGGUAGCUAUGGCUAGAUCCGUUGUCGUGUCGGUGUGCUGUUGUGUGGUGAAAAUAGCUUUAGCGCAGCACUUCUCGGAUGUUUGGUAAAAUGGGUGAACCGUAGAUCAUCGUCGAUCUCGUUAAUUCGAGUUUUAAUUAGUUGUGGUGCACGGACUCAUUGCCUUGGCUAUCUGGUUUGUUUUAUUGAUUAUAUAUAUUAAUCGCGAUAAUUAUCUUGUUGUAGCUUUCGUGUCGUGGUUGUGUUUGUUGUACGACGAAAUAUCUUACUGUGCGCAGUGAUAUGGUGAGUGUUGGUGGCGACGGUUUGAUUAUUCGUUGGCGUAGGCUCCUCGAAGUGAUUUGCGGGUUUAGUUGGAAUAAGUUGACGAAGAACCAAAUUAGUGCGAUAUUUAGCAUGUUAUCGACGAAAAUCCCAAAUUAGUAUUUGUUAAUCGAUGUAGUGGAUUCGAGCUGAAUUUAUUCUUGGUGCGCAUUUUUGCUAGCCGAAUUGUUAGAUCGGUUGAAUAAAUAUGAGUGAUGUGAAAUAAAAUUAAGAUAGUUUUUUGUGAGCGAUGUGGUAUAAUUUAUAAAGCGAGGGAUAAGUGUAGCAUUUAAUGAAUUAGCCGAUAAGUUGUGUUUAGGCUAAUUGUGUUAAAUAUGUAGUUUGUUGUUUCAUGAUGUUUGCGUUAGAUUCGGUUAAUCUAGAGAAGCGUGAUUAUUGCGCUUAGUCGUAUGUCGAUAACUAGUGUUUGCUGAUGAAGUGUUAGAAUGCCUCAUUAUUAAGUACCUAAUUUUAUAUUGCAGAGCAUCAUAAUAUCUUACGUUACUCUUUCUUGUUCUCAUUCAUGUGCAUUAUGCAUAUCAUAUAGGUACGUUAAGUGAUCACGUGAUGGGGAGGACCAAAGCUUAGUCGACCACCAUAUGCUGUAAAGCGUGAGCCAGUCACGAGGUGAUGCUGAUGGACCACCAGAUGCUCUUUUCAUCCUAAGGAACACAAACAAUCCUAAGGAUGGAAGUACUUAAAU